AUGUCAAAGACGCUCAAGAUCGCUGUUAUCCCCGGAGAUGGCAUCGGCAAGGAAGUGAUGCCCUACGGCGUCCAAUGCCUCAAAGCCGCUGCCAAAAAGUUCAACCUCUCUCUCGAAUACCAAGAAUUUGACUUUGCCAGCUGCGACUACUAUGAAAAGCACGGCAAAAUGAUGCCCGAUGACUGGAAAGACACUCUCAAAGCUUUCGACGCCAUUUACUUUGGCGCCGUGGGCAUGCCUGAUCAAGUUCCCGAUAAUGUCAGCCUCUGGGGUAGUCUCCUCAAGUUCCGUCGCGAGUUUGAUCAGUACAUCAACCUAAGACCAUGUCGGUUGAUGCCUGGCAUUCCGUCUCCAUUGGCUGGUCGCAAGCCUGGCGAGAUCGACUUCUGGAUCGUGCGGGAGAACACAGAGGGAGAGUACUCCAGCAUUGGAGGAACCAUGUUUGAAGGAACGGACAGAGAAGUAGUCAUUCAGGAAACAGUCAUGACUCGCGUAGGCGUCGAUCGUGUUCUUCGAUACGCGUUUGAUCUUGCCCAGAGUCGACCUCGGAAGAAGUUGACAAGCGCUACGAAGAGUAACGGCAUCAGCAUCACUAUGCCAUACUGGGAUACUCGAGUAGCUGAGAUGAGCAAGAAUUACUCUGAUGUCGCGGUUGAGAAGUACCACAUCGAUAUCUUGACUGCACACUUUGUACAGCGCCCUCAGAUCUUCGACGUUGUUGUCGGAUCCAACCUCUUCGGUGAUAUUCUCUCCGACCUCGGCCCCGCCUGUACAGGCACUAUCGGUAUUGCACCAUCUGCAAACAUCAAUCCGACAGCCGAUUUCCCCAGUUUGUUUGAGCCGGUACAUGGAAGUGCGCCUGAUAUCUACGGAAAGGGGAUUGCGAACCCGAUCGGAAUGAUUUGGGCUGGCCAAAUGAUGCUAUCGCACUUUGGAUUUACGGAUGCUGCUGCGGGAAUGAUGACGGCGAUUGAGACUGUUCUGGCAAGGGCAGAUUCUUCUGUGGCUACGGCGGAUAUCGGAGGCAAGGGAAAUACGAAAACGCUAGGAGACGCGAUUGAGAAGGAGAUCUUGUCACUGUGA